AUGUCGAGACCUAAGAAGCCCACGCAUGCGGCGGCGACGCGAUUUGUCGAAACAUGCCUACCACUGAAGGAGAACGAUGUCCCGCGACUCUACCACGUACCGCGACACCCUCGAUACGACGCUGAAACUGCUGUGGUCGAGCAAAUCGUACUGAGCGUUACUCCUACACCAGGCGUCUACUCGUUGAUCGGCUACCCACUAGAUGGGAACACCAUUGGCGCAACGGUGCCCUUCCCGAAAAUAUAUCCCCGUCCGCCGCGAACACUAUGCUUUCUGCAUCGACCCUUCAACCUCGAUAGGCGUAGUGUGCGUAAGGGUACACUUGUACUUUCGAGCCAUACAUCUUUCGAUGAGGUGCUCACUGUGGGCUGGAACACGGCGCUGGCAGAACGCUUGGGCAUGAAGACAGCGGAUUGUCUCUGCGUCCAGGGCUACAAAGGAGACCCGCAAAGGAGGAUUGGGAUUGUCGGACAGGUCCCUACACCUCUAGAUGCGCUUCUCAACCGUAUACAAGACGAAUUCGGAGUCUCCGAACUCGCGCACGAAGGUUCAUCAAACGAGAUAAGCAUUGUCGCGAUCAUGAACGCUUUCAACGAGGACCAAGUGCAUCACGUGUUGGCAAUGUCUCAGGAGCGUGGCUGGACAGCAGAAGGCGAAGACGGCAGGCAUAUACUAUACUUGACUGGUCAGCCAAGAGUUAGCGGUCUUGAAGCCGCGAAAGCUUCGGGCAUGUCUGUAGUCUGCGUAGGUCAUCGAGAGGCCGAGGACUGGGGCAUUCGCUUUCUAGGAGAAAAGCUGAGAAUGGAAUUUCCCGGUGCGCAGGUGAAGGAAAUAUACGAGGAAGAAAUACCCAUUGUACGAGAGAAGAAAGCACCUAUCGUGCAGGACGUAGUAGGCCAAUGA